AUUUCCUCAAUGAGAAAUGAAGGUGAAUAAUAAGCUAUGUCCGUUAAAAGUGUAGAGGUUUGGUGAUAAAGAACAUAUUUAUAACAAUCUGCAUCAUUGUACGCUUGAUUUGCGGCUAGUUCUCUAAAGGUAAAAGAAGUCUUCAGAGAAUUCAGGAUGUCUUCAGUUACGCCUUUGCUUUGCAUACUUAUAUGCUUCGCAACAUUCGUGUCAAGCUUACACUUAUAUCCUGAACAAGGAGGCUCAGAAGGCUCCGCUAACAGAGCUUGGCAAGCUUGGCAAGGGGCUGGAGAUAUGCUUAAAGCUUAUAAUGAGAUGAGAGAAGCCAAUACCAUAGGUGCAGACAAAUAUUUCCAUGCAAAGGGAAACUAUAAUGCAGCACGAAGAGGACCUGGAGGAAAAUGGGCAGCGGAAGUAAUCAGCAACCUUCGUGAGAUGUUACCUUUUCAGUCUUCCGGUGACCGUGCUGAAGAUUCCAAACUGGAUAAAGAGGCGAAUGAAUGGGGAAGAAAUGGUGGAGAUCCUAACAAGUACAGACCUAAGUCUCUGGAUCCAAAAUACUAAGACAGUGAAAAAUGUUUUACAGUAAUGUUUCCUCUAUUGUAACUUCUCUUGCUAUUGAUAAAAAUUCAAUGUAAAUUGAAUGAAACUUGGACGAUUAUUUCUGUUGUUUCCCUAGCUUUAUUUUUGCAAAUGCGUAAAAAUAAAUUUGAAUAUCACUAUU